AUCAUAGACUCCUAUGACUAUGAGGCUCGAACAAUUCUCUGUGAUAAACACAAUUCUGAAUAUCUAAGCCAAUGUUGCUCCUUUACCUUUGUAUCACUUUUUCUAUCGUGACAUUUCCGAUUGUUGCUCUUUUGUGUUGGAUCUGGUUCUGUUGGGCGGUGUGCUAUGUAUUCACUCAUAAAGACAAGAUCCGGGAAUACCGUGGACAACAUGGACCUGGACAUAAUAUCGAACCUCCUGCAACCAUUAUGAUUGUCAAUGAACAGACUACUCAAGUGGAUAACGAUGCCACCAAAUCCAUCGUUCAUUCAACUACAAAUGGCUCCAAGAAGAGUGUUAGCAAUGAUUCGGUUUCGUUGAAUAAUCGGGACAUUCACUCUCCCUUGAGCCAUGUGGCCACAACCAGACCUAAUGCUGCCGGUCCAAAACCUCGGCGAAAUCUGAGACCAAAAUCAAGCAAACACCCUGCUUACUAUUUGCCUCCGAUUAUUCCAACUGAAGAGGUACGCAAGUCUAGGCGAAUACCACAAUCCAUUAAAGACUUUUUGGAUGGAGAAAUUUGAAUUUAAGUGAUCUUCAAUAUUUGUCAAGGCCUACCGUGUCAGACACAAACUCAUCGUGAUGGAUACUUUCUUUUGUGUGUGAAUACACGUCAUUACCAGCGAAAAUAGUUUUGUGCAUAUUUUUGUGAUUUUCAUAUCGUGCUCCAACAUUGCCAAGAGAUUCUUGUGAGAGUGCAAUGUCGAUGUAUCGGUUUGGUUGAUGAUUGUCUCUCAUGAAAAUUAAAGGAUGUCCUGGCUUUUAGACGCCAGGCCGAGGCCUAGAAACCGAGGCAUGAAUUAUUGAGAUCUUAACGAUCGCUCCGCCUGCCAUUUAAAGGCCAUGAUUGCAUGACAUGCAUGAGAAGACUUGGACGCCGUCAGGUCUCGAGAAUGGUUGAGAACCAACGUCAUCAAUUCUCGUGUUCCAAUUGUUCCUUGAAGGCUUAGAAGUCAUUGCAUGCUUCUGAGCUCCACCAUACCUAUCUCGAUUCGAAGUCGAUACACAUACUACUACUAUUACUACUACUACACGGUUGGAACAACAGAGAGAAUGUGAAAUCAAACGCUAAUGCCACGACAAAGAGUUGCUCAAGGACCGGGUCGUCAGGCACGAGUUUCGCAUGGCAGAUUUCAACACUAUUUUGAGGGCAUCUCCCCAACUUGGAUGAGCCCUGUGAUCUACAAUGCCUUCCGAUAUGGUUUGGUGCUCCUUUAUCUUGGGACUCUGUUUGUAGUGAUUGGAUUUCAUAACCCUUGGGUCGGGAUCAUCCGCUACCUGGGUUUGGGAAUGGUGAUCGUGGGUCUAUUUCUGGUGACUUGUGCAGUGGUGCAGAGUUGCUCCAGGUACUCACAACGCCAACAAUUGAACCUGGAAAAUCUACAAAUAUCGUCCGUUUCAAGUAACAUUCGGGAGACAGUGAGCAAGACAAGCUUGCCGUCCUACAGCUUUGUGAUGAACUCCGACCUCCCCACAUAUGAAGAGGCAGAAUUCCUGCGGUUGGAUCCCAAAUACCUAACCGAGACCUGGCUAAAGCGGCACAGCGUCCCAAAGGAAUUUAAACCUUAUUUCUUUCCUCCUCAAACGUGGCCUUUGGAUCACUCCUUCUCCACCUCUAGGCCCGGUGGCUCAGUGUUUGGUCAAAGUCUUGAAGCCACGCCCAAUGUCUUCCAACAUUCCAUCAAUGAAAGUGACGAACCACCGAAUUCGCCACCUCCAUCUGCCUUUGCUCCAACCCUAACACCCUUGCCUGGUGCUGUCGAAGAGGUGCCCGACCAAUCUGUCCUUACUAGUGCAUCUCCAACCCAUCGCCCGUUGACCACCAACACAACAAGAACUCCCAUCCAGCCCCCUAUAUUGGUGAAUCGCUCAUCCGCUGUGACCAGACCCACUACCUCUCGGCCUCAUUUUGAAGACCUCCCCGAAAUCGAACUGGUCCACUCUCACCCCAUUCCUCUUAUUUCUCAACAAUUUUGGCCCAUGCAGAGGGACGGAAUUCGGGAUGAGCACGGAUUGGAUUCGUUGUCAAGAUCCCCAAGUCCCAGUCCUCCGGAGACGAUUGUUACUCGAUUUCAGUCCCAACGGAACCGCUUGACUCGGAUAAAUUCGUCUUCGUCCUUUGAAUCCGAGUCCAGCUUGAUGGAUUCUGAGAGUACUCAAAGGCAUAUUCAAGCAAGGUGCACCCAACACGCAGAACCUCAGUCCCUAACUACUCAAAUUGAUGGAAACCAUUUUCCUAGAGCGCAAUAAAAUUAUUUCAUAGCAAAUUCAAUGGCU